AUGUCGGGACAUCCCCAACAGCAGGGUCAUUACGAUGACGGCUACGGCCACCAUCAACAAGGCAACACAGAUUCAUAUUACCAAGACGAUGGUCAAGGUUAUUAUGACCAACACGGUGGUUACCCCGAACAAGGGCAUCAUCAAGGUGGUGAUGGAUAUUAUGACGAAUCAGGCUACUACAAUGCUGAUGCCAACAACCCAUACCACCAGGACGGAGGAUAUUACGAGGGCCAGGAGCAUGGCGGCCAGUACCAGGACGAAUACUAUAAUGAUCAAUACUACGACCAAGGAGCGCCUGCUGCGGGCCAGCACCCACAGGGCCAAGGCUACCCAAAGCGUAGAGGAGAUUCGGAGGAAGAUUCGGAGACCUUCAGUGAUUUCACCAUGAGAUCCGAUAUGGCUCGAGCAACGGACAUGGACUACUAUGGACGCGGCGACGAACGCUACACCUACAAUGAAAGCCAAAUGGGCGGCCGGGGAUAUCGCCCUCCGUCGUCCCAAAUUUCGUACGGUGGCAACAGAUCAUCCGGAGCCUCAACGCCAAACUAUGGCAUGGAGUACAACAACAAUGUACUUCCCGCUGGCCAGCGCUCUCGCGAGCCGUAUCCGGCCUGGACCUCAGACGCACAAAUCCCUCUUUCAAAGGAGGAAGUUGAGGAUAUCUUCCUGGAUCUCACAGCCAAGUUCGGUUUCCAGCGUGACAGCAUGCGGAACAUGUAUGAUCAUCUGAUGACACUGCUUGAUUCCCGAGCCUCUCGAAUGACCCCCAACCAAGCUCUUCUCUCCCUUCACGCUGAUUACAUUGGAGGCGACAAUGCCAACUAUCGAAAGUGGUAUUUUGCGGCUCACUUGGAUCUCGAUGAUGCCGUCGGAUUUGCCAACAUGAAACUUGGUAAAGCCAAUCGCCGAACCAGAAAGGCUCGUCGUGCUGCCAAGAAGAAGCAGCAACUGGACCCUCAGAAUGAGCAACAAACCCUCGAGCAACUUGAGGGAGACAACAGUCUUGAGGCUGCCGAAUACCGAUGGAAGACCCGCAUGAAUCGGAUGUCUCAGCACGAUCGUGUACGGCAACUCGCUCUCUACCUUCUCUGCUGGGGCGAAGCCAAUCAGGUCCGCUUCAUGCCGGAAUGUCUCUGCUUCAUUUUCAAGUGUGCAGAUGAUUACCUCAACUCUCCCGCUUGCCAAAAUCUGGUCGAACCAGUCGACGAGUUCACAUACUUGAACAAUGUUAUCACUCCGCUGUACCAGUACUGCCGAGACCAAGGCUACGAGAUUCAAGACGGCAAAUACGUCCGACGUGAGCGAGACCACAACAAGGUCAUCGGUUACGAUGAUUGCAACCAGCUCUUUUGGUACCCCGAGGGCAUUGAGCUUAUUGUCAUGGAAGACAAGACUCGAAUCGUUGACUUCCCACCUGCAGAGCGAUUCUUGAAACUCAAGGAUGUCAACUGGAAGAAGGUCUUCUUCAAGACCUACAAGGAAACCCGAUCCUGGUUCCACAUGUUGGUCAACUUCAACCGUAUCUGGGUCAUUCACAUUACCUCUUUCUGGUUCUACACAGCCAAGAACUCCCCGACUCUUCUGGUCAAGAAUUAUGAACAGCAAUUGAACAAUUUACCUCCUGCUUCUGCACAAUGGUCUGCUGUGGCCCUGGGUGGAGCAAUUGCUUGUCUUAUUCAGAUUGCGGCAACCAUCGCAGAGUGGACCUAUGUCCCACGACGAUGGGCUGGAGCACAACAUCUCACAAGAAAAUUACUCUUCCUCAUCCUCAUGUUCGUCAUCAACGUUGGACCCAGCGUCUACAUCUUUGGAUUCAAGGAUGUUCAGGCCACGAAAAUUGCUUUCAUUCUUGGUAUCGUCCAAUUCUUCAUCGCUCUGGCCACGUUCUUCUUCUUUGCAAUCAUGCCUCUCGGAGGUUUAUUCGGAAGCUAUUUGACGAAGAACUCGAGACAAUACGUUGCGAGUCAGACCUUUACCGCGAGUUAUCCCCGUCUUACCGGCAACGACAUGUGGAUGUCUUAUGGUCUCUGGCUCUGUGUCUUCGUCGCUAAGCUCGCGGAAUCGUACGUCUUCUUGACACUCUCUUUCCGUGAUCCAAUCAGAUACCUUGCCUCGAUGGAGAUCACAUCUUGCCAGGGAGAUGCGCUUAUCAAGUUCGCUCUUUGCAAGUAUCAGCCUAAGAUUCUGUUGGUCUUGAUGUUCAUCACUGAUUUGUGCCUCUUCUUCCUGGACACUUUCUUGUGGUACAUCAUCAUGAACACAAUCUACUCCGUUGCUCGGUCGUUCUAUUUGGGAGUUUCGAUUUGGACGCCUUGGAGAAAUAUCUUCUCCCGUCUUCCUAAGCGUAUAUACUCAAAGGUUCUUGCCACGACCGACAUGGAGAUCAAGUACAAACCAAAGGUGCUGAUCUCUCAAAUCUGGAACGCUAUCGUCAUCUCUAUGUAUCGUGAACAUCUUCUCGCCAUCGAUCACGUGCAGAAGCUGCUCUACCACCAAGUACCCUCAGAACAGGAGGGAAAGCGCACUCUCCGAGCCCCUACAUUCUUCGUCUCACAAGAAGAUCAUUCGUUCAAGACCGAGUUCUUCCCAAGUCAGAGUGAGGCGGAGCGUCGUAUCUCCUUCUUCGCCCAGUCACUUUCAACGCCAAUUCCUGAGCCUCUUCCCGUUGACAAUAUGCCAACCUUCACCGUGUUGAUUCCUCACUACAGCGAGAAGAUUCUUCUCUCCCUCCGUGAGAUCAUCCGUGAAGAUGAACCAUAUUCCCGUGUCACACUUCUCGAGUACCUCAAGCAACUUCACCCUCACGAGUGGGAUUGCUUCGUCAAGGACACCAAGAUUCUCGCUGAUGAGACCUCCCAAUUCAACGGUGACUACGAGAAGAGUGAGAAGGACACUGCUAAGAGCAAGAUCGAUGAUCUGCCAUUCUACUGCAUUGGUUUCAAAUCUGCUGCACCGGAGUACACUCUCCGCACCCGUAUCUGGGCCUCUCUGCGCUCGCAGACACUUUAUCGCACGAUUUCCGGUUUCAUGAACUACAGCCGAGCGAUAAAGCUGCUGUAUCGUGUUGAGAACCCCGAGGUUGUCCAGAUGUUCGGUGGUAACUCUGACAAGCUCGAGCGAGAACUGGAGCGCAUGGCACGACGCAAGUUCAAGCUUGUUGUGUCUAUGCAACGAUAUGCCAAAUUCCACAAGGAAGAGAUGGAGAACACUGAGUUCUUGCUUCGCGCGUAUCCCGACCUCCAGAUCGCCUACCUUGAUGAAGAAGCUCCAUUGGUCGAAGGCGAAGAGCCACGCUUGUAUUCUGCUCUGAUCGAUGGACAUUCCGAAAUCAUGGAAAACGGGAUGCGUCGACCCAAGUUCCGUAUUCAGCUCUCUGGUAACCCAAUUCUUGGUGACGGCAAAUCCGACAACCAAAACCAUGCCAUCAUCUUCUACCGUGGCGAGUAUAUUCAGCUCAUCGAUGCCAACCAGGAUAACUACUUGGAAGAAUGUCUUAAGAUUCGAAGUGUUCUUGCCGAAUUCGAGGAGAUGGUCACCGACAACGUCUCUCCAUACACACCUGGCGUUGAAACCCUAAAGACCAACCCGGUUGCUAUUCUUGGAGCUCGUGAAUACAUUUUCUCUGAGAACAUUGGGAUCCUCGGUGACGUUGCAGCUGGAAAGGAACAAACCUUUGGUACCCUCUUCGCCCGUACUCUGGCUUCUAUUGGCGGCAAACUCCAUUAUGGACAUCCGGAUUUCCUCAACGGUAUUUUCAUGACAACCAGAGGCGGUGUUUCCAAAGCUCAGAAGGGGCUCCAUCUGAACGAAGAUAUCUACGCCGGUAUGACUGCUCUCCUCAGAGGUGGUCGCAUAAAGCACUGCGAAUAUUAUCAGUGCGGUAAAGGUCGUGAUCUUGGAUUUGGCUCCAUUCUGAACUUCACCACUAAAAUUGGAACUGGCAUGGGUGAACAGAUGCUCUCUCGCGAGUACUACUACCUUGGCACUCAACUUCCUCUGGAUCGGUUCCUGUCUUUCUACUACGCUCAUCCGGGUUUCCAUCUAAACAACAUGUUCAUUAUGUUGUCAGUGCAGAUGUUCAUGAUUUGCUUGAUCAACCUGGGAGCAUUGAGGAACCAAACCAUUGCCUGCACCUACAACAAAAAUGUCCCGAUCACAGAUCCCCUGUUCCCGACUGGUUGCGCAAACACCCAGCCUGUUCUGGACUGGGUUUACCGUUGCACCAUCUCCAUCUUCAUCGUUUUUUUCAUCUCCUUCGUGCCUCUCGUGGUUCAGGAGUUAACAGAACGUGGAGUGUGGCGUGCUGCAACUCGUCUUGGGAAACAGUUCUGCUCUCUCUCGCCAUUCUUCGAAGUCUUCGUCUGCCAGAUCUACGCAAACUCGGUGCAACAAGAUUUGUCUUUCGGCGGUGCCAGAUAUAUCGGUACGGGACGUGGUUUCGCAACUGCUCGCAUUCCGUUUGGCGUUCUCUACUCACGAUUCGCUGGCCCGUCGAUCUACCUUGGUGCUCGUUCGCUGAUGAUGCUUCUCUUUGCAACCCUCACCGUUUGGCAGCCGGCUCUGGUCUACUUUUGGGUCACACUUCUUGCUAUGUGCAUGUCGCCAUUCAUCUACAAUCCUCACCAAUUUGCCUGGAACGACUUCUUCAUCGACUAUCGUGACUUCCUCAGAUGGCUGUCCAGAGGUAACUCGCGUAGUCAUCAGUCUUCGUGGAUUGGUUUCUGCCGACUCUCCCGUACUAGAAUCACUGGUUACAAGCGAAAGGCCUUGGGAGACCCAUCUUCAAAGAUGUCUGGCGACGUGCCACGAGCCUCAUUCGCGAAUCUCUUCUUUGGCGAGAUUGUCGGCCCCCUUCUCAUCGUGGUUGUCACCUUGCUCCCGUAUCUUUUCAUCAACUCCCAAGUUGGUGUAACUUCGGUUACAAACCCAGACGCCACAGACCUCCACGCGACUAAUUCUUUGAUCCGUGUUGGUAUCGUGGCUCUGGCACCCAUUGCCAUCAAUGCCGGUGUCCUCGCUGCGAUGUUCGGCAUGGCUUGCUGCAUGGGCCCCAUCUUGAGCAUGUGUUGCAAGAAGUUCGGUUCCGUCCUUGCAGCUAUCGCUCAUGGAGUAUCCGUUGUCAUGCUCCUCGUCCUGUGGGAGGCCAUGUUCUUCUUGGAAGGCUUUGUCUUUGCCAAGGCAUUACUCGGGAUGAUUGCUGCCACAGCUAUUCAAAGAUUCGUCUACAAGCUCAUCAUCGCGUUGGCUCUCACAAGAGAAUUCAAGAGUGAUACGUCCAACAUCGCUUUCUGGACUGGUAAGUGGUAUUCAAUGGGAUGGCACUCGAUGUCGCAACCUGCUCGAGAAUUCCUCUGCAAGAUCACCGAACUCGGAAUGUUUGCCGGCGAUUUCGUCCUCGGCCACGUCCUUCUCUUUGUCAUGCUUCCAGUUAUAGCCAUCCCCCACGUUGACAAGGCUCAUUCUGUCCUGCUUUUCUGGCUUCGUCCUAGUCGACAAAUCCGACCACCUAUCUACUCAAUGAAGCAAUCCAAGCUUCGAAAGAGGCGUGUCUGGCGAUAUGCAGUCCUCUACUUCGUCAUGCUGGUGGUGUUCCUCGCCUUGAUUGUUGGUCCGAUCGUUGCUUCACCAAUAAUCACCAGUUCGACGAAGAGUCUGAGCGUGCCGAUGCAACUUCUUCAACCAGUCGGCCUGAAGAACAACGAUACACUGAACGACACCCAAACAGGAACCGGAGCUCCCGGCCGUGCUGCAACAAUUUCAUCGGCCAUCUCGAUCCCCAAUCCCCGAUGCCGACCAUCCCAAAACUUUUGGAAACCGCAACUCAAGCACGACUCACCACAACGCCCCAUUGCAAUGUCCAUCUUCAAUAGCUCGCUCGAGAACAUGGAGUUCCAAGACGCGCAGAGGUUCGUAAUCCGCUCGGUCCACGAGAUCACGGCCCGCUUCCAGAAGGUGCCCGGAUCGGCCAUGCUCAUCCGGUACAUCCAGAGCAGCUACCAGGACGACCCGGUCCGCAGCGCCAUUGAGCUGGUGCUCGUCAUCUUCUUCGUGAGGUAUCUUUUGAGCCCGAGUUAUAGCACGAAGGAUGGGAAUUUUGUUAAGUUGACGGAGGAGGAAAUCGAUGAUUUGGUUGAUGAGUGGACUCCAGAACCGCUCGUUGCGCCGCAGACAGCGUUUGAAGAGGCCGAGAACGAGAAGACACCUGUGGUUGUUGGACCUACGGGCCCGAAAGUCAAGCUCUCAAACGGCAGGACUGUGACGAACCUCGCUUCCUACAACUUCUACAACUUCGUCGGCAACGAGCAGGUCAAGGAGAAAGCUAUCCAGACGCUCAGGACAUAUGGCGUUGGGCCUUGUGGCCCGCCCCAAUUCUACGGCACGCAGGAUGUCCACAUGAAGACUGAGGCGGAUAUCGCGUCUUGCCUGGGCACGGAGAAGUGUAUCGUGUAUGCGCAGGCUUUCUCCACGAUCUCGAGUGUGAUUCCGGCAUUUUGCAAGAGAGGCGAUAUCAUUGUUGCGGAUCGCGCGGUCAAUUAUGCCAUUAGGAAGGGAUUGCAGAUUUGCAGGAGCACGAUCAGGUAUUAUGAGCAUAAUAAUAUGGAGGAUUUAGAGAGGGUUUUGCAGAAAGUUGUUAAAGAGCAGGCGAAGAAGCCGCUUACUAGACGAUUUAUUGUUACGGAGGGACUGUUUGAAACGGUGGGGGAUUGCGUGGAUCUUCCUAAGCUUGUCGAGCUCAAACUCCGAUACAAGUUCCGCCUUAUGCUCGACGAGACAUGGUCAUUCGGUGUUCUUGGAAGAACCGGCCGUGGUCUCACAGAAGCCCAGAACGUCGAUGCUUCACAAGUCGAUAUGAUUGUCGGCUCCCUCGCAGGGCCUCUCUGCGCUGGUGGUGGAUUCUGCGCAGGCACCACAGACGUUGUAGCUCAUCAACGUAUUACUGCAGCAGCAUACACCUACUCCGCCGCUCUCCCAGCCAUGCUCGCCACCACCGCGAGCGAGACUCUCAAUAUGCUGCAAACGAAUCCUGAAAUCCUCGUUCAAUGUCGGGAGAACAUCAAGACCAUGCGACAACAGCUUGAUCCGAGAAGUGACUGGGUGCAUUGCACAAGUUCUCCGGAGAAUCCGAUUAUCUUGCUGGUGCUCAAGCCGGAUGUUAUUAAUUCGAGACGAUUGAGUGUCGAGGAGCAGGAGAGGGUUUUGCAGGAGUGUGUAGAUGAGACGCUUCUGAACGGUGUCCUCAUCACUCGCCUGAAGAGCAUGCCCCUCUCUCCCGGCGGCAAAGACGAGGACUGGAAACUCCAGCCUGCGCUGAAAGUAUGCAUCACUACUGGCCUCUCGAAGAAGGAGAUUGAGAAGGCGGGCGUCACGAUCAGACAUGCUAUUACGAAGGUUUUGACGAGGAAGAGCAGCAGCAAGUUAGCAUUGCCUGCUGUUGCUUAA